CCAAACACCUAACCUGUGGCCAAACUUGCAGAACGCGCUCACCUCCAGAGAAGAGAAGGAUAACGGUUGGGAAGGAGUGGGGCGCCCUUGGUGACUUGUUUUAAAACUAGAAAGCAACUCCUUGUCCCACCUCUACUUAUAAGAGAACCUUCAGACAGGCUAAGAACUUCCACACUCCAUUUUCUUUUUUCUUUUUAAUUCUCUUUCUCAUGGAUGGUGGGCUUCCUUUGCUUAAUUGUCUAUGGCAACAAGCUCUUAGAAGCUUCUGUUCUUCUACUAAUUCUUCCAAAUGGGUAUAUGCUGUCUUUUGGAGGAUCCUCCCUCGAAACUAUCCUCCACCAAGAUGGGAUGAUGGACAAGGGAUCUUUGAUAGAUCCAAUGGGAACAAAAGAAAUUGGAUUCUGGUAUGGGAAGAUGGCUUCUGCGAUUUUUACGAGUGCGAGCGUGUGGGGAAUGCUUUCAGGAAGGGGAGAUCCUUUGGGCCUGACAUCUUCUUUAAGAUGUCACAUGAGGUCUACAAUUAUGGUGAAGGACUGAUGGGGAAGGUGGCAGCUGAUAACAGCCACAAGUGGGUGUUUGGGGAAUUCCCCACAGAAACAGAUCCCAACUUCUCUUCUUCAUGGAAUGCACCACUUGAUUUACAACCAAAGGCUUGGGAAUCCCAGUUCAAUUCUGGCAUCCAGACUAUCGCAGUUGUUGCUGUAAAGGAAGGUGUGAUUCAACUGGGUUCACUAGAUAAGGUUGCAGAAGAUCUUAACUUGGUGAUCAAUAUACAGAGAAAAUUUAAUUACCUUCAGAGCAUUCCUGGCAUCUUUGCUAUGCAACGACCUUAUGCAGUUUCUUCAGAUCAUUAUACCAAUAUGCCCAAACACAACCUGCAGAUUAGUGAGAUUUCGAAGUGCAGGCCGAGACUUGGUUGUGAGGAGGAAGAGGAAUUUCCAAGCAAAUUGGCUAGUUUUGAUUGGAAUAAACCCAUGAAGGGCUCCUUUUUCCAGCAUAUCCCUCCCCAUCUCCCCUCAAUGUCUUGCAGUCUUGGGAUGCUUCUAUCUAGAUUACCUUCUGUGACUCCACCAAACAGCCAUGCUCAAUCUUUAACUUCUGCUAGAAAUAAUGUGUUUCAUGCACCAAAUUUGCCUUCCAGUUACAGUCAGAACUCCAGUGUGAAACUCAACUUAUUUGAAGUGCCAGAAAAUAAACCCCAGCUCAUCAGCCAUUACUCAAGCGAUCCAUGUCAGGUGACCGCAUUUCUGCAAGAAUUUGAUGUUCAAGGAAUGGUUCUUGUCCAGGUUGAAUUAUUAGGAAACAGAUCUGAGGCUAUUCAUUAAAGGAGGCGACAGAAGUUGGAUUGUGACCAUUCCAUUAGAAAAUAUUUCGAACACUUUUCGCAUUCAUAGAGGGAAAGAGAUGGUGCAGCCAUUAAGUGAAUAGUUAAGAAAUUGUUAGGAAAUUGGAUUGUGAAAAACAAGUGGAUUACAUCCAAUACUAAAGUAUUAUGUACGAUGAUAUGGAAAACGAUGUUACAUCUCAACUGACAAUGAAGUAGCACCGAGGAUGAUCCCAAAAAGAUGGACAAGAUAACAGCUGUAUGCCGUUGGCUAUAGAUUGAUGAUAGUUAAAAUCUCAGCUUAAAAAUAUAUUCUGAUAUGAAGUUUCUACCUGGUUGUCAUCUGUUUGACUGAUUGGGUGGUAAGCCACAUUUUUGUUAAAAAAAA